AUUUACAGGUAGCUUACUAUGAGUCAACAUUAUUGAAAAAAAUGAUGUUGUGAUUAUGUUGUCCAGUGAAUGCGAAAAAGUCAUUUACUCCUUGAUGUAUCCGGAAGUUCAAAAUGGCGUCUAUGCCAAACUCCAGGAAAACAAAGAAUGCUCACCGGUCAUUAAAGAGUGAUGGUUUUGAUUUGAGCAACCUUAACGAAAACAUGUUCAACAGUUCUUCUCAUGCCAACAAAAGUUUUGAUAACAAGGAUGAUGGGGAGACAGAAAAGAUAGAGAAUCCAGAGCUACCCUCUCUAAAUGAAAGACUUGGCCAUCUUCGACCAUCUCGAGAACUGCUUGAAUAUUAUCGCAAAAAGAUUGCAGAGUAUGAUGACGAGCAUGAUCAACUUGUCUGCAAGCUGGAGGAAUAUCGUGUGGCCUAUGAAGAACAGGUGACUCUUGGCUUUACGGAUGAUAUGGACUUCAAGCGGCCAGACGACCUUGACAUGCAGGUGCUUAAGAAUGUGCGAAGGACUGCAGGACGAUCCAAAAAGCUGGUUGGAGAACUGAAGAACCUCAAAUCCAAGAUUUAUGGCCUUGAGAGUGACCUCAAACAUUUAUGAUAACAAGAUUUCAUUGUUCAUUCUUUCCACUUCUCAUUUAACGUACUCAGCUGGUCAAUAGGUCCAUAGAAGUGUUUAGUUUGGACAGCAGCCUGGUUAUUAUAUAUAAAGGGAGAUAAUGGUGUAAACAUGAUAUCACAAUGAAGUGCUAGAUGGCCAGGGGCAGCUGAAGCUCUACAAAAGGUGAAAUCCUGAACAAAAUUUAUGCCUUUUUCUACUCUUUACUUUGAAGUACCUCAGACAUCCUUUCUGGUGUUUGUUACUUCAAUGGAGGGGGGGGGGGAAUGACCAUCAUGCUGGAGUGUUACCUCCUAUCCAUAGCCCUGGCUACAACCUAGUGUGGGUAUUACUUUUACUCAUUGAGAUGGAAAUGUGUGUAAUACUGUGUGUCAUGGAUUUAUCUUGGUGUUGGUAACUUCAUUUUGAAAGAAUAAUGCUGAACAUCACUCUAUGCCAUUCCAUUUGGCACUGGGUUGUGAUGAUUUUUACUGUUAGUUUGACAUUUUCUUGAAAAAGAUGAGUCCAGCAACUGGAUUCCUUCCAUGCUAAAUCUAAAUGUGUGCACUGUUAUCAAGAAAUACAUCUUUUCAAGAGAAACAUUCAGAAUUUGACAGUGACCUGUAGUUAGUGCUUUGCAUUUAUUCCCUUUUUUUGCUAAGAGCUGUAUACAUGACUCUUUGUUUUAGUACAUAUGUAUUAUAAAGUGCUAGAUCUGAGACAGACAUCUGGGAUCAUGGUUCUCCAUUCAUUCCUUUGCUCAGAUGCUCAUAAAAAGAUACAUUAUCCCGAUCUUUCCCUGUCACUCAUCUGUUUAGGCUCUCUAAGUAGGUAGAUAGGUACAUCAGCAUAAUAUUAACCGUGAAAUGCAGCAAUGGGUACUGAUGUAUGAGCAAAAUUAAUUGUUUCAACCCAGACUUGUAUGGUCUAUUAAGAGGAAUAAAAAAUAACCAAGACUUAUACUUGGUCUUCUUUAUAUACAUAUAUUUAUUUUUUAUUGCCUUAUAUUUUGCCCAGUCAUAAUUUUAUGUGGAUGGCGUACUUCUAAGAAAAUUCUUCCUGUACAAAAAACAAUGCAUAUAUGUGAACUUUAUGUGGUUAGUAAGUAAUAUUUGAUUAUUUGUUGUUUCACGAUUAUGACAAAUGGUCUUAACUUCGAUGUAAAUUUGUUACUGCACCCUGUUUUCAAUCGAGACCAAAUGCUGACACAGCCUAACAUUUUUUAAAGUCAGAUUACUGUCCACAAUGAAAUAAGAAUAUUCAGUGGUCAUUGGCUUCCUAAUUAAGUUUAUAAGAAUUCAGGGGAAGUGCCAAUAAAACUGGGUUUUUUCUUACAACUUUUUAUUUAGAUUAAAAUUUUCUGGUAAGUUUCAAAAGCUUUACAUUUCUUUACCAACAUCACAAAUAGAAAGUUGCUAAGUUUUGACAUAAUGAUGUGUGAGUGAAUAGGAAUCAGUCACCCAAAACUUGUUACUACCUACCUGUAUUUUUUUUUAAUUGUUUAUUUUUUCAAAUCUAAAAAGUAAAUUAAUAGUUUUUUAAUUUUUUGAUUAAUUUUUUGUUUUGUUUGAUUGUUUUUAUUCUAAUGGAGUCGCCUCUUUUACGCAUCUAACUUUUUCAACCAUUGAUACUACCGCUCACCACUUGGUACACAUUCCGUCCUCUUAUUAAUGAUAAUGUACAAAUGUAUGAAAUGUAUUACCAUGAAGCAGCAAAUACAUCCUCUGUAAUUAUAAGCAAAA